CAAGGAUGAUGCUCAGAAGCAUUCAAUAUGGUCCAUCAUUUGACAUACCAUCAUAGGCUUUCCUACAACACAGCCUCCAACAAAACUAGGCUGUCUGGAACCCCUGGCAACAGAAAGGUUGGAAAAGCACCUAAAUCUGCAUGCGGUGUGUGCCCAGGCAGACUUCGAGAGGUUCCAGCUGUGAGACUAAAUACCUUAAUGAGAUUGUCUGGGAUGAAGCAUGUCAGCAGGGACUACAGUGGUUUCUUGUGUGCCAAGUGUGUCUGUGACAGGAUCAAGCCAGCUUUCCUUACUGAGGAGAGAAUUGUUGUCAAUGUGUUGAAGGCACAACAGAGACAGAAAGUGAAAUAA